UCGCGCGCGAUGUCAACUUUACGUGCAGAGCUCCGAAAUAUCGGAGUAGUCGCGAUUUAAUGACAUUCCACGAGCGGCUAUAAACGAGUUCCGCGAUGCACGAUCGAUGACGAGACGCGGAGAGCGAGUAGUCGAGAGUGUGCAAUGUUAUUCGUCGAGAGUGUAUAAUGCAUCCGCGUUACGGAGAUCGGAAUAAUUGUGCGGAACGUGUCAAUUAAAACGACGCGACUCGCCGCGCCGAGCGACUACACGCGACCCACGAUCGCGAUUAUUUCACUUAUGAUGCAACUUAUGAUUGCGGAAGGCGGUAUUAAUAUUCCGCGUGUGCACGAUUAAUAAACCGAGUGCUACCUAUCAUCUGCCGUUGCGAUACGCUGCGCAUUUACUCGAAUUUAUUCGCAACUUAUACAUUCCGAGAAAAUCCUCCCGCUCUCUUUUGAUUACUACUCGAUCGGAAGCAGCGUUGUGCUGGGAUGAUUUUUAAAUUAACUAGGGACUUGAUAAUACUCGAUAAAAGAAUGGGCGAGAAGACGUUCAAUCUCACGUGGAACAAUCACCUGGCGAAUCUGUCAGGUUUGUUCGAGGCUCUUUACAAGAGCGGCUCGUUGACAGACGCGACAUUGGCUUGUCAGGGUGGCAUGUUGAGGGCUCACAGACUGGUUCUGGCAGCAUGUAGCCCUUACUUCGAAAGAGUCUUCAAGGAACAUUAUGGGGAACAGCCCAUCCUCAUUUUAAAAGGAGUCGCCGUGGAAGAGAUGGAGUGUCUCUUGGACUUCAUGUACAGAGGAUCCAUCGACGUAGCGGAGGAGCAUCUACCUUCGUUGAUAAAAACUGCGACGGACUUGGAGAUUCGCGGUCUCUCCGGGGAACAGAAGACUCAGGAGAGCAGCCGUAAUCUUUACACGAGGGUCGAGACGCGGAUGCAACGAUGCCAUAUCGAAACCAGAGUACACACUACCGAAUAUAUCAAGGAUCCAUCGGUGAUUCCUUUUCUGCCGAAGCACUCGACCGUUGAUUCUAUAGAAGACCAUAUUAAAGUCGAGGACAUCGAAGUGGAGGACGACCCGAUGGUAAUCGAUGGCCACGAGGACAGUUUCGACGAGCUUCCGCGAUCCACGGAAACGCAAAUUAGACGUAUACCACCACCGAUGUACAAGCGGGAAACUAGAUUCAAAGGGCAAAAGAGGGUAGCUGUGGGUCGCGUGACACGGAACAGCGACCCUUCGGAAUCGAGAUCAAAAGACUCCUCGCGAGAGUCCAGUUACGAAGAUUCCUCGAGAGUCGUCAAACUCGAGCCGAAUUUCAAUGACGGAUCCACGGACAUCGCGAUGUCGGGUGCAAUACAGGAAACCUCGAAAGGUUCGGAGGAGUCGCCAAAGACGGGAGUAAAGAGAAAGCUCGAGAUGUUGAAGAGAGGAAACGAGGGAAAGGAGGCGAGGAUACCCAGCAAGUCCGAAAGAACGCAGCAUAAACCCUUCUCUUGCGACCUUUGCACCUUAGCCUUCACGAGAGCCUCGCACUUGGCGAGACACAGAAGGGUGCAUACAGGCGAGAGACCGUUCGCCUGUAAUAUCUGUCCCCGAAUGUUCGCCAGACAGGAUAAGCUAAAGCAACAUCUGGAUUCGCACUUGCAGUGGCCGAAGAGGAAAAGUAGCAGCCAGACUGUAACCUCGUUACCGGGGAAGGGCAAACGCGGUAGACCGCGUAAGGUGAAUUUGGAACAAUCCGCGAUGGAAGAGAUUCUCAAGUUCGGUGAAUUUAGCUCGCUAUUGAAUAAGUCGCAUUCCGCGAAUUCAACGAAUAAGAGCGAAAACGCUGGGAACGCCGCGGAUGACGGCAAGAAGAAGGAAACGCAUCGAGACGAGGACGAUUCCCACAGGGAAAAGGAUAACCAUGGUUGCCAGGUCGAGAACGGCCAGGAUAUUGUUUAAUAGAAUCUUUUUCCCGCAAUCUGGAGUUUAAAUAUUCGUAAAACAUAUUUUUCUAUACACAAAGCGCAUCGCGUCGCGUGAAUAGAGAUCAACGCAACGCGGUGAAACGAAUGAAGAAAUCUAUCGAGCUUCUGCGAAAGGUCAUGGUAUCCUUUUCCUCGGGUAUAUUUCGAUUCAAUGGGAAUUAUCAAAGAAAUUCCUCUCCUCGUUUCGAUCGGUUAUAUUCGUAUAUAGAAGUAUGCAAAAAGAAUCACGAGAACGACUCGCGUCGCUGUUACUGCGAAUUGUUUAACGUAAGUACCUGAGAUAUCGACUACUAACGUUACUACCAAAGCGCACGAGCCUCCAAAGAAUCUAGAACGGCGUAAACGAGGGUCGAGGAAAUCGAUUAAUCUAAUCGACUCGACUGCAUCGUCACUGAUUGCUAGUAUCAAAGAUAAGAAUCAAGGGAUAUUAUGCGCUCUAUUAACCCGACCAAAUAUAAUGUACGCGUGAAGAAUGGCGGCCUGACUUUCACUGUAAACAAUCUCGGUUUCUCGCCUGCAUCAUCGUCUGAGAUACACAUUUAAGAAAAUUAAGAAAAUUUCCAAUAAAAUCCAUACGAUCUGCCAAUUGAUAGCCAACUCGAUUCAAUGAUGAUAUAAGGAUAGAUACAUAAGUAUCUUUACAAUAAUGAAAGAGAGGGUGAAAGGGUGUACGAAGUAGCGCAUGAAUGAGUAUCUCUUAACGUAAAAUCUGACGUUUAAGCGCGUAACUUGAUAGCGUAAUAGCCAUAGCGUAUUACACAAUGGUGUCUGAUACAGUGUGAGUCAUGCCUACGUAGUAAUAUUUUGUCAUACGCGCGAUUAUAUAAAUACGUCAAGUACAAAAAUGUCCAAAUAUUAGACUAAUACGCGUUACGAUACUCUACGUCACGUGACGGCAUAAAUCAGGGAUGUGCGAGUGCUCGCGAGUAUUCGCGAAAUUUUCCUGCAUGAAACACAUAUUCGAUUCGGACAUCUUUGAAUCGAAUCAAAUUUGAUACUGAAUUUUGAAACUCUUUGGAUACUCGAGGCAUCUCGAGAGUGCUCGAUAUCUCACUUGAAUUUUAUCGAAAUACAUAAUUUUAUCGGAUUUCCUCCUCAUUUUAAGAGAGCAGUUUUAGCUUGAGACAUAUAAUAGAGAUUGUAUAUAUAUUGUUUAUAUAUAAAUAAAAUAUAUAUAAAAUCCAUUAUAUAUAAAACUGAAAUCUGAAAAACAGUCGAGAAAUGAUUAGAAUAAUUGUUUCAUUCUGAGUAAUCCGAUGAAAUUGAUCGUGGUAUCGAAAAGAUUCGAGUCACAUCCGGCCUGAUUUGAAGAACGUCGUGAGUAUCCGCGCAUCCUUAACGUAAACGAAUGGGCCUAGGGUUCCUUACGAUUCGUUUAUAGAUUCGGGACACAUGUAGCGAUAAUUUUUUUCUUUUUUUUCGUAGAGCUUACAAUUUUUAUGUGCAAUGCCGACGACGUCUCGAUGACAUCUCGUCCUCCUAUAUUUACGGACAUUCGCGAAUUUAGUCCGAAUUUUUAAUCAUUAUUCGCGUUUGUACGUCGACAAAGCAUGUGUGGUGUCAAUGUUCUUGCAAUUAGUUAUAUAAUUGUUGUAUUUGGUUGUUGGUUGUACAAAAUAUUGUGCAUUCUGUUUUGUUGAAUGGCUGUUGCUCGAUCUCGCGGAGAGAUCACUGUUCAUCAUCCGCGUCUCUCUAUCUGUUUCCCCUUGGCAAUGUGCAAUUACAAAAUAUUUCCGGUGAUACCAAACACCCUUGGUCGCUGUGUCGAGCGAGCGCGGCGAAAGGUUCAUAUCUUACAUUCUAUAUAGUGUGUAGCGCGUGUAAAUAAAUAAAUGAACAAAAUAAAUUUUCAAGCGAGCAAAAGAGAGAAACCUUUCCGCUUAAAAAAGAAAUCGCCACCAUCGUGCUCUGAAAAAAGGGGAGAAGAAACGGGAGAAGAAAAUUUGUCUCUCACUCUCAUUAUUACAUUAUUAGCCUCCAAGGUUAUUGUAUUCACUGACAUACACAGUAUAUCUUUUUACAAAUAUGUGUCCGGUUCUACAUAUGUUUUUUUUUAUUUGUUCGGCGGGGCAGGGAUGGGAAUUUUUUCUCUCGCAUUUGCGCUUGAUACUUGAUUUA